ACUUUUACCUGCUAACGACACCUCACACUAUCUUAUCCGAAUAUCUGAAUACCUAUCAUGUCUUCUGACGCCAAGUACGAGACCACCGCUGCCUGGGCUGAGGCAGAGACUUCCACGCCCGAGCUCGCACAGAAGGUUGCUCAGAACGCAGAACUCGAGAAGAAGGCCGCCGAGGAGGUUGCUCUCGCUGCCCAGGCGACCUUGAACUCUGACCUGAGUGGGGGAGCUAGUGGUGCUGCAGGACAACUGAGCGCGACGACCGACAAGGCCGUCGCGGAGGGCAAGCACGAUGUGGAUAGUGCGAAGGCCACUGGCGCCGGAUACGUUGAACAGGCCAAGUCGCUAGUUGGCUCAGCUGCCGCUACCGCAGGGUCAUAUCUCCCUUCAACCGAACAAGCCAAGGGAACUGCCGCUGGCACUGCCAAUGGCGUCGUCGGCACCCUGUCGUCAGUUGCCACCAGUGCGCUUGCAACUGGCAAGGAAUACGUCCAAGCUGCAGCAGCCGCUGCUCAGCCUCACAUCGAGACGGCCAAGGCUGCAGCUCAGCCACACAUCAACAAGGCCGUCGAGACUGCUCAGGGAUACGUAGGUGCUGGAAAGACCUCGAGCACGACCGGACCAGCAGACAGCUCCGUACCUGCGUCCACGGCACCCCUCGAGAGUGGACCUCAUACGGUUGGCGAGCCAUACCCGCCUACCAAUACGGUGCAGGACCCAAGUGCGCUGCGAGUUGGGGAGAACGCUGUAUGAAUGUAUGCUAGUCUGGAAGGAAGACUGAAUGUACGAUAGAUAUGUCCUAUACCCCGUAGCAUAAUGAGACUGCUCCUUGACACAAAUUUUAGUGGAAUGGCAAGGAUGUAACGCGUUCCGCUCCCAUUGCGACUGGA